AUGGCUCCUCGUCUUCUGCCUUGUCUGGCCCUAUGCCCUUCAAGCCCUCGACUCGACCAUGUGCGUCUCUCAAGCAGACCUCGACAGCCGGAGGAGAAGACCAAGCACUAUACUGACCUGCCCUCUAGAAUAGCAAGUGCCCUGUUUUGGAUCGCCAAAGACUUUGACAAAAUCUCCCAGCAAAACUGGAUCGUCUCCUCCUUCAACCUCACCUCGUCCGCCUUCAUCCCGUUCUGGGCGCAGAUCGCCGACGUCUUCGGCCGGAGCGCCGCGUUGUCGUCAGCCAUCCUGCUCAUGGUCGUCGGGAGCACGCUCUGUACCGCCGCGCCGACCUCGGCGUACGCUGUGCUGCUGCUCGGCCGCGCGCUGCAGGGCGUCGCCGCCUCGGGCCUCGGCGUCCUGACGCGCACCGUCCUCGCCGACAGCGUGUCUCUCGAGGAGAGCGCCAAGAGCUGGGCCAUCCUCUCCAUCGUCGGGGGAGUCUCCUACGGGCUGGGCCCUGUCAUCGGAGGCUUCCUCACAAAGGUCAACUGGCGCUGGUGCUUCGCCAUCAACCUGCCGAUUGGAGUUUUCAGUCUUGUCGUCGUGCUCCUCGUGCUCCGAAGGCAUCUCCUCGGCCCGCAGCCGAUCCCCGAGCUCGACGAAACGCACGAGACCGGCCGACGCACCCGGUUCCUCGCGCGCCUCAAGACCGUCGACCUCGGCGGCCAGCUCCUCUUCAUCGCCGGCUUCGGCCUCCUCAUCCUCGGCCUCACCUGGGGCGGCGCCGCCCACCCGUGGUCCUCCCCCGCCGUCAUCGGCCCACUCGUCGCCGGCGCCGUCCUGCUCGCCGCCUUUGUCUUGUGGGAGCGCCUCCUCGAGCCCGGCCACCCCCUCGCCGACAGGCUCCCCCGGCAGCGGCCCAUGAUCCCAUGGGCGCUCCUGUCUACCAGGGACAUGGCGUUGCUGUUCUGCGUCGAGUGUGCCACGGGCGCCGCCACCUUUUCCGUGCUCUACUUUGGCAGCACCUUCUUCGUGCGCGUCCAGGGCCACGGCGCGGACCGCGCCGGUCUGCAGCUGCUGUGCUUCGUGCCCGGGCUGGGCGCCGGCGCGUGCGCGUGCGCGCUGCUGUGCAGCCGCUGGCCGCGCAUGACCUACCCACCGCUGCUUCUCGGCACCGUCGUCGAGACCACCGGCGUGGCCGGUCUGGCGUGGGCGAUGCAUGCGGCGCACUCGCCGAGUGUCUUGGGCAUGAUGGCGCUGGUGGGCGUCGGGAUGGGCUUCAAGUUCAUGGUGGCGCCGCUGCACGGCAUCGGCGUCUUCAAGACGCACCGCGCGUCGGUAUUGGCGCUCGUGGGCAUCGCGGUCCCUUUUGGCGGCACGGUCGGGCUUACGAUCAUGUCGGCUGUGUUCAACAACACGUCGGGGCUGGACGCCAAGGACGGCGAGUACGCGGAGGGCUCGGUCGAUAGUGUCAAGAACGGCAUGGUCUGGGCAUACGUCUCCAUCGUCCCGUUCAUGGCGCUGUCCUGCGUUGCUUGUCUGUUCAUGGGCAACGUGAUUCUCGGCAAGGAGGGAUCCUCCAGCGGACAUAAGGAAGAUGCCGUGAUUCGCGAGCCGUAUUUAUGGUACUUGCUGCGAGCCAAGCAUUCGCGCUGUGAUACCAAGAGCAUAGCUAUGGAGCCGAUUGGACGGGGAAGAUCAUACAAAGAGAUACCCCCGGAGGAGUCUGCUUAA